UAUAUCACACCUACACUCUCAUUCUCUCUCUACUCUCCUCUGUUUCUACUCUCUCAUCUCUAUUCCUCUCUAUCUAGGGUUUUGAUUGCACGAGAGAGAAGGGGAAGACGAUAAGGACGAUGAUUGCUCCGAUGAAGAUUCCGAUCACUGCGAGUUUCAGUUCCAAUUCCAGUUUCGAUUCCAAUUCCAAUACCAAUUCGAAUAAUAAAGAUAAAAGCUCCAAACUCACCGAAAAGAACUUCGAUUUGGAGGAUAUCCUAAAGAAUGAGUAUGUUCGAAUCAAGUCCUAUACUGAUCAAACAGUUGUCCUACAAAAUUGGAAGAAAGUCCAACAAUCUAUCAAGGAAGGUAUAUCUGAAGAAUCUCUCUAUCUACUCAUGUCUAUGGCUUGUCAUUUGCCGAACCCUAAAGAUGGUUUGCCAUUAAUGGCUGACUAUUUUCCUAAUUCCACUCUUUCUUCCCAAACAAAGCUCCGAUCGACCAAUCUCAUAAGGAAGGUACAGGUAGCAUGCCACCUCCAAGGACAUAGCUUGGGAGGCUAGAGGCGGACAUACU